AUGGCUAUGCGCUACAUCCCCAUCUUCUUCCUCCUAUUCUUGAGUUCAUUCUGCAAAUCCGAUGAUCAACUCACACAAGCAAAGCCACUCACCCACGGCCACACUCUCGUCUCCGAAAGCGGAGAUUUUGCUCUUGGCUUCUUCUCCCCGACGGCCUCCAACAGGAGCUUUUACCUUGGCAUAUGGUACCAUAGCCUCCCCGGACCACGGACUGUUGUGUGGGUCGCCAAUCGAGACAACCCAAUCACCAACCCUUCGUCUGGGACGCUUACCGUCACCAACAAUUCAUCAUUGGUAUUAUCUGACUCCAAUGGCCGCAAUAUAUGGAUGACAGCAAGCAAUAUAGCCGCUAGAGUUGCCAGAGCUCAUGCAGUGCUACUCAACUCGGGAAACUUUGUUCUCCGGUCGCCGAAUGGCGCGGACAUAUGGCAGAGCUUUGAUCAUCCGACCGACACAAUGCUUCCAACAAUGAGAUUUUUGGCAAGCUACAAGGCACAAGUCGUCGGGCGGUUCAUUGCUUGGAAGGGACCACAUAACCCGUCCUCCGGGGACUUUUCCUUAAGUAGUGACCCCAGCUCGACAACCCCCCAGCUCGUCAUUUGGCAUCUGAGCAAGCCAUACUGCCGCACCACUGUGUUGAAUGAAGCUUCGGUGAUUUACGGAGGGACAUACCUGAGCAACACCGGAUCUGUAUUGUAUGAAGCAAAUAUUAACUCUAGAGGUGAGUACUACAUCAUGUUCACAGUCUCCGAGAACUCGCCAUUCACACGCAUCACACUUGACUACAGUGGCAAGUCCCAAUUUCUAAGCUGGAACAAUCAGUCAUCUUCAUGGGCACUAAUUGGUGAACACCCCACUGCUGCAUGCGACCUCUAUGCCUUGUGUGGCCCCUUCAGUUAUUGUGACUACACUCAGAUUAUCCCAGCCUGCCAAUGUCUUGAGGGGUUUGAGCCCAUUGAUGAUAUUAGCUCUUCUAAAGGAUGUAAGAGAAAGAAAGUGCUGAAAUGCAGCAAACCGAGUCAUUUUGUGUCCUUACCUGGGAUGAAGGUUCCAGACAAGUUCUUGCACAUACAGAAUAAAAGCUUUGAUGAGUGUACUGCCGAGUGCAACCGCAACUGCUCAUGCACGGCUUACGCAUAUGCCAACUUGAGCAGGGCUGGUGCUAUGGCCGACUCAUCAAGGUGCUUGGUUUGGUUAGGGGAACUUAUUGACGCUGGGAAAGGAACCGCUGGCGAGAACCUUUACUUCCGACUUGCCGAUGCUCCUGUUGAGAAAAAGAUAAGUUCAGUAAAGAUUGUACUCCCGAUUGUGGCAUUCUUGCUGCUACUAACAUGCAUAGCCCUCGUCUGGAUGUACAAAUGCAGAGGCAAACGGCGAAGGAGAGAAAACCAGAACAAACUAAUGCAAGGCUACUUUAGUACAUCCAACAGACUCAGAGGCGAAAGUACAGAAUUUCCAUUUGUUAGCUAUGAAGACAUCCUUUCAGCAACAAAUUUUUUCGCUGAUUCGAACUUACUUGGGCGCGGAGGUUUUGGCAAAGUUUACAAGGGCACACUGAAAGGUGGAAAUGAAGUUGCUGUCAAGAGGCUCAGUAAGGGUUCUAAACAAACGGCCCUGAAACAAGGUAUAGUGGAGUUCAAAAAUGAAGUAGUUCUGAUUGCCAAGCUGCAGCGCAAGAACCUAGUCAGACUUCUUGGAUUUUGCAUUCAGGAGGAUGAGAAGUUGCUGAUCUAUGAAUAUUUACCUAACAAAAGUUUGGACGCCUUUCUUUUUGAUGCUGCACGAAAACAUGUGCUUGAUUGGCUGACGCGGUUCAAAAUAAUUAAAGGGAUAGCAAGAGGGCUUCUUUAUCUUCACCAAGAUUCAAGAUUAACAACAAUUCAUAGAGACCUCAAAGCAAGCAACAUUCUAUUGGACACCGAAAUGACUCCAAAAAUUUCGGAUUUUGGUAUGGCAAGAAUCUUUGGUGCAAACCAAAAUCAUGCAAAGACAACCAGGGUCGCUGGGACAUAUGGCUACAUGUCACCUGAGUAUGCGAUCGGAGGUGCCUUUUCAGUGAAAUCCGACACUUAUGGCUUCGGCGUUCUUCUGUUGGAGAUUGUUAGUGGGUUGAAGAUCAGCUCACCUCAGCACAAGACAAACUUUUGUAGUCUGAUAACUUAUGCAUGGAGAGUAUGGGAAGAUGGAAAUGCAACCGAGCUAGUGGACUCUUCAAUUUUGCCAAGCUGCCCACUUCAGGAAGUUUUACGGUGUAUUCAUGUGGGACUCUUGUGUGUUCAAGACCAUCCCGAUGAUAGGCCACUAAUGUCAUCUGUUAUGUUUAUGAUAGAGAAUGAAAGCGCACUGCUUCCAACUCCAAAACAACCUGUAUAUUUCUCUCCAAGUAAGUGUGACGAUGGAGAAGCAAGGGACAGCAUGAACUAUUCUGUAAAUGUAAUGAGUUCCACUACAGUAGAAGGCCGUUAGAUGUUUAAUAACAUAGUUUGCACACAUCCUAGUAUAGCUUAGUUGUAUGCUUCACGAUUUACUUUUUAUGUACCGAACUCUUACUUAGGUGCUUGUAAUAUUUAUGUGUUUAUUGUAUAAGAAAAGUUGUGAAUA